UUUUGACGAUAAGCUGCCAAAAGGAAAUUAAACAUUUUCACAAUUAUUCGGCUAACGAAGCACCGGUGAGAUGUUGGGCUAUCUGAGGGAAUUGCGAGGCAGCAGUUCUGCAGCGGAUCAGCUGCCCGGCAACAUAUACACCGAGUUCUUCGCGAACAUAAUCGCGGAGCCCAGUGGAAAUGGAUGCAAGUCAGCGGAUCACGAUUUCACCCAAGGAUUCUCAAUGCUGCGCACCUUCGACACUGAAAAUAGCAAUCAACUGGAGCCGCCGCCGGCCACAGAUGCAGAUGUCUGGAUCUUUGGCUAUGGGUCGUUGGUGUGGAAGGCGGACUUCCCGUACAUAGACCGACGACGCGGCUUCGUUUGGGGAUUCAAGCGUCGCUUCUACCAGCACAGCAUCGAUCACCGGGGCAUUCCCGAACGUCCUGGUCGCGUGGUCACUCUGCUGCCGGGCGAUCCGGCCCAGGAUCGCGUGUACGGUGUGGCCUAUCGCAUAGCUGCUAGUCAAAAGGGCGCUGUGCUGGACCAUCUCGACUACCGGGAGAAGAACGGAUACGAGCGCUGCAACUUGGAGUUCCACGAGUAUCCAACGGACGGUGCCGAACCAAUCCAGGUGAUCAUGUACGUGGCCACGCAGGCGAACGAUUCCUAUGCUGGCGAUGUGUGGCAAGUUCCCUGUAUUGCGAGGCAAAUCUUCAGCUCGGCCGGUCCCAGUGGCCCCAAUCGCGAGUACCUGUUCAAUUUGGCCGCCGCCAUGGAUCAGCUCUUUCCCGGUGCUGUAGACGAGCACCUCGAAGAACUGGUGGCAUGCGUGAGGCGUUGCAUUGCCGAGGAUGAGCCCCAGCUAAUACGGCACGCCCUGUUGCAAGAGAUAGCCGGUAUUCUGGAGCAGGAGCAGCUAGCGGAGCAGGCCCAGCAGCUGGAGAAGCUUUUGGAGCGAUGCCAGAAGCCUGGCGGUCGCGAGUGGUUGAUCCACGGAGCACUGCAAGCCAAAAACCAGUCGUGACACCCACAUAUUCCAAUAGAAAAUGACUAUUUAUUGUAAAUGCCAAAAGGCUUGGAAGUUUCAUUUUAGAUGCACCAUUCCAAAUAGACCAAUUGCAAUGACGUGUUACAGAGGCUUCUGACGAAUCAGAAUUACGAUUGUGAUUUCAGUCAUGAAUUUU